UAGCCGUGUAGUCGUACUUGCAAGUACGUAUAUAGCAGGAGCAAAAGCUACCCAUCCCAUAGUAACUGACCUCUGAAUAUAAUAGUGCUACGCCGCAGCCGACGGCGGUCUUUUCCGGCCGCUCCCGGCGCCCGCCGGCCAUGUCAACAACAAGCUCGUCAAAAACCGCCACGUGCCCUCUCUGCCACGCCGACGUGCUGCUGCCACGGCGGCGGUCAGCCGGCUCCUCGACGCACAGAAGCCACGACCUCGACGACGGCCCCGCUCCGCCGUCGCCGGAGUCCAGCUGCCGCAGCAACGCCGCGGUGUGCGGGUGCGCCCGCUGCCGGCGCCCUGAUCUGAUCAGUCCCGGAACCGGCAUGCGGAUGAGGAACAGAUUCGGCGAUGGCCCCAACAGGAUAUCAGCCCAGAGUGGAGCAUGGCUGUGCCGAGAGCGCACGGCGGAGACUUGCCGGAGCACAAGUAGCCGGUCCGGCCGCUACCGGCGCCUGCAGCCUGCAGCGGUCGCCGGAACACGACGCGCCGAACUCAUAAAGCGGCUGCAAGAGCUCUGCCACCCAGCAAAUAACCUUCCAAAUUGUUCUGCUUCUUGGCAACCACAGCGACAGCGGCAGAAAACAAUUGAUCGAAUUCCAGAUAGCCUAGAUUGUGGGGUGACAAUGGAAAGGGGCAAGAACAAGCGUGAUGGAAGUGACAAUGGGCUCAUCUUCUCUAACCUAAUGCACGGUGUUGCUGCCGGCAUCUAUGGGUAUCCUCCUCACCAGGGAUACACUCAGGCUCAGAGCUACCUACUGCUGCCGGAAGCAUAUCCACCUCCUCCGUGGACAUACCCUCUUUCUAGUGCUUACCCUCCUCAACCUGUUGGUUACCCUUCAGGUGGCUACCCUCCUGCAGUCUACUCUGACUCGUAUCUGCACCAAGGUAGCAGAGUUGCGCGGGAGCAAUGCCCUCUAUCAUAUUCCAAUAAUGCUGUCACUUGCAGGGAGGAUGGGCAAAUGAACUGUGAAAAUGGAACAGUAAAUAUGGAGAAAAGUGCAAUGUCCUCAAAUAAGAUGGCUACUAGUCUACUAAAGAGUUGCGGCAAUGUGAUGCCAUGCAGAAAUAUGGAGAGAAGUGGCCCAGCCAUGUAUAAGGUGGACAUGCGCGGCAGUACGAAGCAAUUCUCUAUGGGCAGCAAGAUGAUGAUGUGUCUGAUUGUGUUUGGAUGUCUGAUAGCUGCCUUGGAUAUGUUUAGAAAUGUUGCACAAAAACAGAUGUUUUCUGUCGUUAGUUUACUUUCUUUUGUAGUCGCGACCUAUGUCUGCUAGGAGUCUCUACAUGUACCGUAAAAUUGCUCUUUGUGUAAUGUGUACUUCUUCAUCCUGUAAAAAUAGAAUCCCAAUCAAACUAUAUAUGGUUUGUCUGUCGGGCUUUCAAUACAAUCUGAGUGUCCUCUCUUUACCUUUGUACAGCCGAAAUUAUUUUUUUAAUACAUGUUUGUUUGGUUAA